AUGAAUUCAGUAGCUCAACAACUCAUCGAGAUAUGGAUUCUUUAUGCCAUGGGCAUACUCAUCAUAGCUGCACGGGUCUUUUGUCGCACAAAGCUCGUGGGCUAUAAGAACUAUGAUUGGGACGACUAUCUCGUCGUUCUUGUCGGUUUCUUUUGGACUGCUGCAGUCAUCUUCGGACGAAUCUUCAUUCACGACGCCAGCGGACGACACACCUCUGACCUAGACUUCGAGCAACGAAAGAACAUGGAUAGAAAGGAGUAUGAGAAAUGGGCGUAUGGCUCUCAAAUGUUCUUUGUUAGUCUGAUACUCAAUGUCGUCAUCCUCUGGACACUCAAGUUCAACAUGCUUUGCCUCUACAAGCGUGUUGUUCGAGGGUUAUGUACAGAACGGUUCGUCAAGCCGUUGAUGGCUCAGGUGUUGGUGUCUUUUACCGUCAUCAUCCUGACUCUGGCUCUGACCUGUCGUCCUUUCAACCAACUAUGGCAGGUUUGGCCAGAUCCUGGGCAUGUCUGUAUCAUGUUGAUCCCGAUCCCAGUUGUUCUCGGCAUUCAAGCAAAUCCUUUAAAGAGGUUCUGCCUCUGCCUGUUAUUUAGUCUGGGAUUCCUUUGCCUGUCUGCAGCAAUCCUACGAUUUAUUGUGGUACUCAAAUUGAACCAACAUGGGGGAUCUGUUAUAUGGUCUCUACGCGAGGACUGCAUAGGCAUAUUUGUCGGUCAAGCACCCAUGCUCAGGCCACUAUUCAAACGUCGCUUUUGGGUCUCUACAAACCCAGUAUCCGCAAACUCAGUCACCUGGGGGAAGAACGGCCACUUGCAACAUGUCCAGAACCAACUUGAAAGCCAUGAAGUAUAUUGGUUAGGGCGUAAGCCCAAUUCCAAGAUGCAUGGCCCACAUUCAAUCACUAGCAUUCGGUCCGUGACAGGAAGCCAAGAACAGAUCGUGCAAGGAGAUCAGGGACCUAUUGCAACACCAGAGCCUCGGUAUGAUCGUUCGAGCGGCAUUGUAGUUGAGAGGCGAGUCGAUAUUGAGGUAGCUGGAGCUGGGGGAACAUAUACAGUCUUUGCACAAAAGACAGCGGUAGUGAUAGGGCAGAGACAAAUGUAG